AUUUUCGACAGAAAAAAAAUUAUUUUCACUCGAGCACACACGAUUAAAACUUUCUUAAAGCAAAAAAAAAAAAUAUUUUUAAAAAUAAUGACGGUCUCCUACAACGCCGAAGUGGCAUCCUGUCGUGGAUUUGGCUGCUUUCUCACUCUGCUAAGAAGAUGGCGCGGCAGCAUUUACAAGCUCAUCUGGCGUGAUUUGCUGGCUUUUCUGUUCAUAUACUAUAUGCUCAAUUUGAUUUAUCAAUUUGUAUUGACUGAUAGUGCACAAAGCAAUUUCGAGAAUCUCGUGCACUACUGCAACAGUUACGGCUCACUCAUACCGCUCUCGUUCGUGCUCGGCUUCUAUGUUACGGUUGUAAUGCAACGCUGGUGGGAUCAGUAUAUGACCAUACCAUGGCCCGAUCCGAUUGCAGUCUUCGUGAGCGCUAAUGUACAUGGGCAGGAUGAGCGUGCGCGUGUUAUGCGCCGCACCGUUAUGCGUUACGUUUGUCUCUGUCUCACCAUUGUGUUUACACAAAUCGCGCCACGCGUAAAGAAACGCUUUCCCACGCUGGAUCAUCUAGUCGAAGCGGGUUUGCUGUUGGAGAAUGAGAAGCUUGUUAUACAGGACUUAAAUGUCGCCUUUCCGAAAUAUCCGAAAUAUUGGUUACCCAUCGUUUGGGCCGCCAGCAUUAUAACGCGCGCACGCAAGGAGGGACGUAUACGUGAUGACUUCUCAGUGAAAACCAUAAUUGAUGCUUUAAAUACAUUUCGUGGCAAUUGCGGUGUCUUGCUGUUUUAUGAUACCAUCUCCGUGCCGUUGGUGUAUACGCAAGUGGUGACAUUGGCUGUUUAUACUUACUUCAUUUGUCAGGUCAUCGGUCAUCAGUGGACUAAGCAUGAUAAUCAAAAUUAUGUGGAUCUUUAUUUUCCAUUAUUCACCACACUGCAAUUCUUCUUCUACAUGGGUUGGUUGAAAGUGGCCGAGACGCUAAUAAACCCGUUUGGUGAGGAUGAUGAUGACUUUGAGGUCAACUGGAUGAUUGAUCGCAAUCUACAGGUUUCCUAUCUCAUUGUCGACGAAAUGCAUCACGAGCAUCCUGAAUUGGUCAAAGAUCAGUAUUGGGAUGAAGUAUUCCCCAAUGAACUUCCUUAUCAAGUGGAUAGCAAGCGCGAACAGCCGCCAGUGCAGUCCACCGCUAAACUGGGUUUCAACAUCAACCAAACGGCACUUUCCCAUUCUGAAUCCAAAUAUGAUGGCAUAACCACCAGCACACGAAUUGAAGAUCGUCCCACAGCAUCGUCAUCUCUCAGCCGUAUGACCGAUACCAGUUUACGCUUUCGUACGGCUUUGCAGAGAUUUCUCUCACGCGAACCCAAUGAAAAGGAUAGCAAUAUAUCGCAAACGGAUGCCGAGAAGCAAACUUCAGCACAAACUAAUGGUUCCGUACAUUCGCUAAUCAAAUCGCCGACUACGAUACGACCUGCCGAGGCUCUGCAUAUAAUCGAUGAGAAGGCAGAUGAUAUGGAUGCCGAUAGAACAUUAACAGAACACCCAGAGAUAUCACCGACCAAAGAUGUGCGCGAAAUAUUUCGUGGUGAGGAGGGCGUGCCACCGAGCAGUGUGGAGAGUUUGCAAAGGGAGAGCGUAACAUCGGCGCAAGUGACAUUUGAAGACGUGGAAGAGGACGUCGAAGAGGAGGAAGAGCCCGAGGAUGAGUUCGAACGUUUGCGCGAAGAACGUGAACGCGAACGCUUCGAAAGACAAAAGAUGAAGUACGCACGUGGUAUUUCGGCCGCGACCAAUUUGAAUUUGGACCCUGAUUUGACAGGCGUUCCAGCCACGCAAUCGCCGACCACACGUGGCAUGCCACCAGCUGAGGAAACAUUCAGUGUACAAUCGUUGACCAGGCAGAUGACAUCACCCAUAGCAAUUGGAACGGCACAACAACAAGAAGAGCAACCAAAAGAACCGGCCACUAAGCGUAAGCCAAAGCGACAACAAGACCAGGAAGACGGCGGCGAAGAGGAACUCGGGGAAGAGGAGCAAGAGGAAGAACAACGGAAGUAGUUGAGAGCAACGCAUUUGCUUUGGUGACAUUUUAUAGCCAUUUUCAGCGUUCUACAUAUUUAUAUGAAUUAUUUAUUUUAGCUUUGCGAAUUAAUUUAUGACUUUACAAGAGCAUUUUCUAAUACUUUUACAUAUAUUACAUUGCCGAAUUUUGGCCACUUCCAUUGAAAUAAAUAAAAUUUUGCAAUAUUUCAAUAC